AGUAAGUGAUCUUUUCAGCAGAUCUGGAUGCACUCACCACUCCAGUUAUCAAUACCCUUUUACCUUUGCUUUCUGCUUAAUUAAUGGCAAAUCAGGCAGUUAAUCAUCAGAUCAUGGCCAAAGAAUCAUCUUCAACGCAGCAGUUGCCUCUUCUAUCUCUCAAUCACGUCUCAUUUAUCUGCAGAUCUGUUCGUACAUCCGUCAAGUUCUACACCGAUGUUCUUGGAUUCGUUCUCAUCCGACGCCCUUCCUCCUUCGAUUUCGAAGGCGCUUGGUUGUUUAACCAUGGGAUUGGAAUCCAUUUGUUAGAAAUGGAGUCAACUCCAGCAAAGAAAGCAGUGAUCAAUCCAAAAGACAACCACAUUUCGUUUCAAUGCACAAAUAUGGAUCUCAUAAUCAAGAAACUCGAGGAAAUGGGAAUCGAAUAUGUGACCGCGGUUGUAAAAGAAGGCGGUGUGGAGGUGAACCAGCUCUUCUUCCAUGAUCCAGAUGGUUACAUGAUUGAGAUAUGCAAUUGCCAUGUUCUCCCUGUGCUUCCCAUCUCCUCAUGCCCCCUCAAGAAGAGCGCACCCGUUCCUCAAGUCAACCGCGUCGAAUCCCCCUUCUACGAUGAAACAAGAUCCAAGAAUUACUUUUGUGGAGAAGAUGAGGGCUUAAUGAUGGACAAUUUCUUGAUAGACAUGAUGGGUAUCUCUUUUUAAGGUUUAACAUAAUGUGCCGGUCCUAUAUUGACUUAGUAAUAACUAAAGAAUUCCCGCCGCAUUGCAGCGGGUCGCAAUCCUAGUUAUAUAAUAAAAGUGAAAGAAUGACCAAAGAGGUACCCAAGAUUACAUGGAUUCAAUAAUGCUCUUCAAGUUUAUUUCAUUAUGUUUUGUGUAAAAUUACUUGGAUAAUAUUGUUCUAACAUUGUCUAUUUUGGAUAGUUAAGUAAUAUUAUUUCACUUA